UCCUCCGCGCCUGGCGGGGUGGCGGCGGCCUCCCUACACUACAUAGGUCCCAGGAAGAGGAGCAGGAGGAGGAGGAAACGCGGGGGCCUGGCGGCUCCCUGGGUGCAGCGGCGCGGCCCCCGCAUGGAGCCCAACGUGCGCUUCUGGAUCACCGAACGCCAAUCUUUUAUUCAGAGAUUCGUUCAGUGGACAGAGUUAUUGGAUCCUACAAAUUUGGUUGUUUCAAUUGAAAAAAUAGAAAAAUCAAGGCAACUAUUGUUAACAAAUGAAGAUGCGUUCACACAUGACUUGGAGGACCGAAGGGUACAAGAAGCUUGGAAGAGAAGUCUUUCAACAGUGCAUCCUGACAACAGCAAACUGAUCCCCGUUCCUUUUCGGCCUGCAGCUCUCCUACCUUUCACGGCACCCAUGAUCUUUUUGUCGAUGCUGUCGGUGAAAAGUCUGAAGUCCCUGAUUUUACCUCAGGUUUCCUUCUACACCUACACUACGGCAUUCAACAUUGUCAACGGAAACGCAAGUUAUAAUCGUCGCCCACAUGAGAGUCUAUUACUAGGGACAGGAGUAAUUGCUUCUUCAUCCUUUUUUGGAUUACUCCCUCAUUUGCUCCAGAUGCGGCUGAAUAACAUGUUAUUGAAAAAAGCCCUUCCCAUCAUCAUUCUGACCCACAUCAGUGCCAUGAAUGUUGUUGCCGCCCGAAGCCUUGAGCCCAUUCGAGGGAUUGAAGUCAUGGACAAGGAAGGCAACGUCAUGGGCUAUUCCAGAAGAGCCGGGACAAAGGCCGUUAAAGAUACGGCGACGUCCAGGAUCGUGCUGUUUGGGACCUCCGCUUUUAUCCCUGAAGUCUUCUCCCACUUUUUCAUAAGGACCCAGUUUUUCCGGCAAUAUCCGUGGUCAUUAUGGACCUUCAAGCUGUCCUGUACUGUCUUAGUAAUGGGACUGAUGGUGCCAGUUUCUUUUAGUAUGUACCCACAAAUUGAACGGAUACAGUGCAAUAAGCUUGAAAAGGAAAUUCAGUCCGCAACAGAAGAAACGGAACUCUUCUAUAACAGAGGGGUAUAGGGAUGAGUUUUUGGUGAAUUUGUUCUGUUCCUGCUUGAACACCUUCCUCUCUGCUCAAGGUGCCCGUUCCGAGGACUCUGCCAGGGGUCUGGAACCCGAGGUGUCUGUGCCCCCAGGAUGGCUUACAAUUGCACAGGCCAGCGCCCUUUCCAGGCAGGCGCCUGGGGUUUCAAGCCUGGAUGAAAGGGGAAACAAGAGGCUGUCCUGUCUGGUCCACCCCCAUGGGGUUGCUGAGGGGACGGGUGAUAGAAGAUUCGAUUCUCUAGGUGUUUGUUCAUCGGCCUCUGAAGGGAUACUGUGAAAUUACUAAUAAACUUAUUAAAAGUUGAGUAUUUGGAAAAAUAAAGGAAAAGGCUCUCCCGUGCCCAGGGCCCAGGCAUUAAAUUGGUGGCCCACCUCAAGGUAAGUGGGAGCCUCUGGUGAGCGCUGAAGGCCUCCACCCCCAAAGCAAUCCUCUUUCCCUCCUCAGCUUACUCCCAUUUUGGACGACUGAAAAUCUUUGGCCCCCGGGGCCAUCCGCCUCCUUUCUCCUCUCAGGCAAAUGACCCUGCCUCCUCCCUCACAGUGAAAACAAGGCUGUGGACCAGCGGUGGAACCUCCUGGCAUCAAUUCCGCAGACCUCUUUCCACCCACGCACAGCCUUCCCUCCUCCUCGCAAGGUCAGCUCUGGGCCGGGCUCUGGGCCCUUCCAUUCUGAUUUCCUCAGGGCCUUCCGUGCCUGUGUAGCUUCCCUGCCUCUGGCCCCAGACUCCUCCCUCCUUCCCAGAAGCAAGGGAACUACUGGGGUCACCAGCCUCGUUAAAAUAGCUAACAUCCUUCCAGAGCCAAAUGUUUUCAAGGAUUGUCUCUCCUCACUGUGC